UGAACAGUUAUUUGUGCAGAUACAUUGCAUUGCAUUUUCAUAAUAUGAAUUAAAAUGUAUGCCAUUAUUCAAUAAAGAACAAUUACAGAGCAUUGCAUUUAUUAAUUGCCUUUCUGUUUACAAACAGCGUUUAUUAAUCGCUGAGCCAACAAAAUGCAUAUAUUAAUAGGCCGGUCUAAAUCAAACGAAAUUAUUUUUCCUGAGUACUAAGUAAUGACCAUAUAUAAUAAAUUCCUUUAGUUGUAGUGACAAACUCUUAGAGUUUAAUCGAUUUAAACAAUUUGUUCCAGCUAAUUUCAGCAUUUUUUUUGUUGUUAGUCUGGACCAGACCAGAUAUGCGCGGUGAUGCACGUACCCGGCCAAAUUGCACUCAAUGUUCACUUGACAUUUGACAGUCGUUGAAGCACAAACUAGGUAGACGUGUUACAUCAGGCUAGUGAAAUACCAUCAAAGGGUCCUUUCGAUUUAACGACGUUAGUGAGAAAAGGAAUCAAGAAGCAGUGCAACGAGUCCAAUUUUGGGUGGAAGCCAAUAGCCAACAUCUUUUAGCGUCGUCGAUCAGCUGGUAGCGGUUACUGGAUCUAUAAGUGCUAUUGGUUCGAAUAGCGGGCUAAGGAUAGAUACAUUGAUGCAAGGUUCAGGUUAUGUGUUUACAAGUUGUCUGAGAGAGUGACAAAAUGAAUCAGGAUGAUGAUGAUUUUAAUCAGAAGAUAAUCAAAAUACCAAAUGUAGUAAACAACACUAAAAACAAUCUUGAAUUUUUUAAUUCAAUUUCAAAGCGAAACCUGGGCAUACGCAAUGGUGCACACAAAACUAAAUUUCACAUGCAAGCAAAGGCUGAGGAUGAACUUAUUAAGAAACAAUUUAAGGAAUUGCGAUGUGAAAUGCCUGGCAUGCCAAGAUCAACUUUUCUUAUGGUUUUUAGUCCUGAUGGUACUAAAGUAGCUUCUACUCAUGGUAAUCAUAACAUCUAUGUUAGUGAUGUCCGUACUGGCAAGCAUAUAAAGACAUUAGUAGGACAUCCACGAACACCAUGGUGCAUUGCUUUUCAUCCAUCUUCAAAUCAAAUUAUUGGCUCUGGUUGUCUUGGUGGUCAAGUGAGAAUAUGGGAUCUGAGUGGUGGAAGUGAGGUAUGGACUGUAGAGAGUCAAACAGUGAUAGCAUCCAUUGCAUUUCAUCCAGAUGAUAGAUUAUUAGUGAUAGCUACAUAUAAUGAGCUCCAUUUCUGGGAUUGGAGCAAACCAGAGCCGUUCAUGCACGUCUCCACAAGCAGUGCCAAAGAGAAAGUGCGAUAUGUAGCUUUUGAUCAAUUGGGACAUAAACUGAUUACUGGAAUUACGAACAGUCCGCAGACUAGAUGGGAACGUGUACGAGCUCCAGUUCCCGUUUUAAGACCUGCAGACAAUCCGUAUAGUCCAUACAGGAGACGAAUAACACCUAGACUUGUUACAAAUUUACCAAAUGCGAAUGUUCCACCGCCCGCAAUGCCGACUCCUCGAUAUAUGACUUGUAUUCCUCCUCCUCCUCGGCCAACAGGCGUGCGUGAACCAUUAUUAUCUAGUGUGCCGGAAAGAGAAAGACGAAUUACUACAUGUUAUAGAGAUUUGGUCCAACAAUACGAAGUUUUGGUGCAUAGAUAUCUACAAAUUUAUAGGCCACCAGUUAUGAUCGACCAAGGAACUGAUCCCAUGGAAAUGGAACAUACUUCAACAACUGCAAGCACAUCUUCACCUCAGCCAUCUACGUCUACUCAACCAACGCCUAGCAGUUCUAGCGAACCAUCGACCAGUCAAAAUUUGAGAAAAUCUAGUGCUACUUUACCUGCUAAAAACAAAUCUCGCAGAUUCUUCAAGGCUGAGAGAUUGAAAGAACAAGCGAAUAAAACAAUAAGCAGUACUCAGACAGUUGAUCAGCCUCCGACGAGUGGACUUUGCGAUGAUAUAGAAGCAAGUUUGUCCUCAAGCCACUUGGAAAGUCUGAGUAGACUGCUAUCUCCUAGUACUUCUAAUAUUAGCAACGGUCCUAUCUUUCUGACCGAUAGCAGCAGCUCUUCAGAUGAAGAUGAUAAAUCGCCAAAGAGCACCUACCUUUCACUACAAAAACUAUUAAACGAGCGAUUAAAGACUUAUGGUGAUGAACGAAAGUAUGAUGGUACUUCAUCACGAGAUACUAAUAAUGGUGGCUCAAGUGCAAAGUCAUCCAAUUCCACUAACAGAGCAACUUCUGUCAAUGCGUCGACACAGCGAGAGCUAGCAAAUAACAUGAACAAUCUAAGUAGUAGCGAUGCAUCAUCCGCAUCAGUUUCAUCAUUACCAUCGUCAAGACGACGAAUACCAUCACCAAGUAAUUUGCCCUCAACCAGUACGCAACCCGACAUAGAAGCUCUUGUACAUUCUCUAGAUAAUUCAGGCAACACUAGUGAAAAUAUUUCUGUCUUAAUAAGAAAUGCAGAAAUGAUGAUAACUAAAUUUAGAGAGAAUCUCCAAGAUCUUCAAGGUAUUGAUCUACCUUCCACUUCUGCAUCUGCUGAUGCUACAUCGAGUUCCAGUAUUAACAAAAGUAAACCUUCUAAGGGGACUAGUACCAACGAUCCCUUGGCCGGAGUAUCAAGAAAACGUGUACAUCCUCAGCACAAGAAGAUUAAUAGAAGACCGAUUUUGGAUUCUUCUUCCGAUAUGGGAAGUUCUGACGAGGAACAAGUGAAAAGUAAAAAAUCUCAUAUAUGUCCUGAAUCGAGCUGCUCCCAUUCGGAUCCAUUGGACACGCCAAUAGAUUUCUCUUUAAACGACAUAAACACCACGGUACCAAACAACACCAACAGCAGCGGGACAGAUCAUUCAUAUGCAGAAAGUACUACACCCAAUGAACAUUCGUAUGCUGGAAUGACGGAUGGAAAUUCAAACGAUACAGUUAGAAUUCAUAUAGAUUUAUCAGGAGUUGAUGAAUCAAUAGGUUCUGUUUCAAUUCCAAUUGAUCAUAAUAAUACUAAUACUCCUAAUACUUCAAUUCAAUCGGAUCCUCCACGCAGACAGUUUUUUUCGCACCGCUUAUCAGCAUUUUAUCCGACACGAUUGACGCCUCCACCACGAACAUCUUCUGUGCCAUAUACAAAUUUCCAUGUUCUGUUUGGACAGCCCCCCGAUUCAUCGCGGUCUCAAAACUUUGCACAGGACGAAGUUAUCAACUAUUCUGAACGUGUUAACGAGGACGAGAGUUCCCAAAGAAGUUACCAUCCAUUUGAUCCUCCGCCCGAAAUAUCAAUUAAUUCAGAAAAUGUAGGCAUUGGUUCUAUGUACUCGAAUAUAGUGCACGAGUUGGAAUCCAGUUUAAAUGAUGUAAGAAGUAUAAGGGCUAAUCAUCGACUCGAUGAAACUUCUGGUGUGUUGACCAGUUUCACUGAAAGGUUGGAUACAAUUAUGUCACAGUCAAAUGCAAUAUUAAGAAAUCUCACUAAUACUCUGGAUAGUUUGCCAUCUAAUUCAAAUAAUAACGAAAAUAGUAAUGAAACAAAUGGAAACAAUAGUAGCAACACGGAUGGAUUGCCAAGAUGGUACAGAUCUUUGCGGACUCUUGGAAUGAUCAUGAGAAGUGAGACGCCGUGGACGGAAGAUAUGGAUACUCGCCGCCUGUCUUCAGGCAACCCAAUUAAUUCGGAUCAUACGUACCCGUUAAAUCCAGAAAACCCACAAACGGCCAAUAUGUCGCCGUUGAUGGUUUCCUUGCAUUUAACGGUUUCGCAUAUCCAAAGACAAGCGAGAUUAUUGAGAUCACAAGUUGAAAGUAUUGAAAGAAUAGAUAGAGCAAUGCUUGAGGUUGCCCAAUUGCAAAUGAUGCGUCAAAUGUUUGAUGAACUACACAGACAUUUUAGUGUGAAUUCGUCUGAUAGUAACAGGAUCGGUGUCUCAAGUGUAAGGCAAAUGAUGGCUGGUACUCGAAUAAGUGACUCUAGUCCAUACGAUUCACCGACUGAUGAAGGAUUGCUUCAAACACAGACUCAAUUACAAACGCAACUACAGCCUCAACCUCAUACAUCAUCACAAACCCAACCACAACCUCAGCCACAACCUUCUACUAGUAGGGGUGAAAGGACAAAUGUCCAAAAUGACCAAUCUCAACAGAUUAAUAAUAAUAAUAGAAGUAGAGCAAGAAGACCCUAUCCAAGGUGCUUAUUCCUAAUGCAUCGUCACUACAAUCGUCGUAAUAAUAUACCUUUGGGAAACCGUAGGACUACGGCUAAGGAGAGGGUUAUACGAAGAAAUAUUUAUAGGCGUUUUUUACCAACACGUGCUAAUACUCGUCCGUCUCUGCCAGAUUUUCCACGAAAUCGAACAGCGAUAUCUAAUUUAUUUAAUCCAGAAACAUUGCCAUCGAUGACACGUAGGUUAGAACAUUACUUAAUGGAACAUGGGAGGUACAUUGGUAGGACAAUAAUUCCACCAAAUGCUGGCUCUACUUUAAGAUCAGAUGUAGCGGAGCACAUGAUGAUGUUGCGAUUAAAUAAUUGCAGACAAAGAAUUAACGUAUUUUUAGGAAUUAAUGAAGAUGUAAAUCGUAAUGAAAUUUCGAGUGUAAACGUCGAUGGGACUUCCAGAUUUGGAGCAAGACAAGCAUUAAGUUCUAUUGUCGAUUGUCUCAGUAGACAUAUGGAAUACAACUCAAGCCCCCAUAUGAACGCCAACGUGAGAUCUCAAAUUUGGGAAGUGAUUGAGUUGUCUCUUUUGCUUUCUGAAAUUCUUCUGCUGCAAAUUGUCGAUUCCAUACCGCCGCCAACAGGGAUGAAUUUAGAUCCGGAACGAGAAAGCCUUUCUUUGAGAAUAGAUCAGAUGUGCAGCAGGAUGUUGCAGAAUAGAUUAUCAAGUCAAUCUCAACAGUUAACACGUAGUUUGCGUCUAUUGAGAUUAACUGUACGACACGCCACGCUCGCACUGGGUCAGACAUAUACAGCGCGAAGAAAUGCAAUGUUGCCGUCAAAUGAUACUGACUUAGAUAGCAGACAGGGAUUAUUAGAUGAUAUACAUAACUGUUUGAGAAACAUAAGGCGCCAUAGAGAAAAUUCAGUAGAGGGAAGCUGGUUUAGAACUAUAAAUGAUAUGAUCUCAAGGAUUGCGGACCGCGACAGUGGCAAUCCAACUACUACACAUACGGCAAUAGAUGAUAGUAGUGACGAAAAUACUAUAAAUGCCCGCGCUAGUUAUAGUAGGUUAAGGCGGACGCUUUAUCGAACAAGUAAUGUAAAUUUAUUAAAUAAUGAGGAAUCCAGUCCGGCAGAAGCGAAUAAUAGGGGUUGGAAUGUUCCAAUAGUACAAGUAAAUGAUGUGCCACUUAUGGAACCACAGAAUUCCCCUUGGCACCCUAGGUUUGUGGAAAACAGACAGCGGUUGUCGGAGAGGUUGGAUGAAUUGAGAACAACUGGUGGUUUAUUUAGGCCGAGAUUCCUGCAUCCUCUUUAUACAGGAGGAAUUAACCCAUUUGAGCCAGACUGGGAUGAUCACAGGGAUCACCUUUAUGAUACUGACAUUAUAACUACAGUAACGCCUAAUCACAGGAUUCAAGUAUGGGAAUUUUCAAAGGACAACAUUCCAAAUAUAAGGGAGGCCACGAAGAAUGUAGUCGUACGUGAAUGUAAAAUUCACAAUGAUGCCAGCGUGGAUUACGCUACAAAUGGCACUAUUUUAGUUACGCUCCUGCCGUCUGGUGGUUAUAUGAAUAUAACCAAUAGACUAGGAGUCUACAGUUUGGAUUGGAAAACAUUAGGGCAGUGUUUAUACUUAGCCAAUUUUGAACAGAAUGCUGUCUCGGUAUCUUUAUCUCCGUUAAAUAGACAUUUAAUUGUUGGUUUGGCAUCACGUCGUGUAUCUAUAAUGCCCUCAGAUAGAUGGACAAUGGCUAGGAUAUUCAAAUUAGAAAAGAAUGAGUAUGGUAAAAUGACACCCAUUCGGGAUCUUGAACAGAAUAGGGAUACGAACUACAUGAGCGUGAAUUGCAUCCGAUGGAUGCCAAACUCCGGCGAGGGUUUAGUGUUUGCCACAAAUACUGGCCACUUGCGAUUUUUGACCUAAGAUGAAUUUUAUUUAUGUAUAAGACUGCUUUAUAAGAAAUUUAAUUUUCUUGGAUUUUGAUUUAAUUGUUGAUCAUGUUUGUAAAAUGAUAAGUUGUGUGAUGUACUCUAAUCCUCCCUAAAAAAACUUUUUUUUUUAUAAUUAUAUACACUAAAAAAUAAUACCACU